AUGGCUGGACUCCAACCUAAUAUUUGGGCUGGUGUUGCGAUCCCAUGGAUCGCGGCCUUGACGUCCCUCAUUCUUCGCGUCUGCGCUCGGCGCAUGACCAAGAUGAGCUGGUGGUUUGACGAUUACUUCACCAUCCUGGCAUUUCUCUUCGCGACGGGGUAUUGUGGUAUCAUGGUUGAAUGGACGCUGCAUGCAUAUCUCGGAGUGAAUAUUCCCGACUCAAUGCCGACCGGUGAACGUGAGGCAGUUUUACAACGAGCACGAUUUUUGGCCUACUUCAACUCCCUCUGCUACGCGUCAUCAAUUGCUUGUUCCAAGCUCGCGAUUUUAUGUCUGUAUUGGCGCUUGUUUCGCAUUUCAUCCAUUCGCAUUCCGAUUAUGGUCAUGCUUGUUAUGGUGGUCAUCUGGAUUAUACUCCGAACCUUCAUGCUCACAUUCCGUUGCGUUCCUGUCCAGUCCCUUUGGGACUAUACCAUUACGGACAAGGUCUGUAACAUCAAUAGCGACCAGUUCUUCUUGGGAACCAUCACGACCCAUUUUAUCAUGGACAUUAUCAUUCUGGUCUUGCCCAUUAUUGAAGUCUUCAGACUUAGACUCAAGACGGGUCAAAAACUGGCAAUCGGUGCUCUAUUCCUUCUCGGUACCAUUGUAUGCAUUGCAUCAAUGUUUGUGCUCAUUGUGCUGGUCAACUACCCCGAUAACACAACCCAGAUGCCUCACGACUAUGCCAUGUUCUGUAUUCUGGGAUCUGUUGAAGUCAAUAUCGCUAUUGUCUCUGCAUGCUUCCCUUUGCUGCGUCCAAUCUUUAUCCAUAUUCUCCCGUCCAGCCUCCUCAGUUCAUAUGGGAAAAGCAGCCAACCUAUCAGCCGACCGAGCAAUGCUAUCAAGUUCACGACACUUAUUCGGACAAACAAAGACCGUGACGCUGAUGAAACAAGCUCAACGCAUCAAUUGGCCGAUGUUGAGAACGGACUGCAUUAUCAUUCUGGUGACUCGCAACGGAACGAAGGAGUGCAUACUAUGAUCUCGAGUGAACAGUCUGGUUCUGGCCCGGAAUUUGACACGGCGGGAAUACACGUGCGAAACGACACGGUCGUGGAGAUUAAGCAAGUUGAAAGCAAAGGCUUUUAUCGUCUUGAGUAA